AUCGCCGGUAGUUGCAGCCUUGCAGUGCACUUAUAGAUACACACAUGAAUAAUCGUUUCUCCAUCCUAACAAACCACGCGACGUCCUUAUGUAUACGUAUCUGCUCCACUACACAGUGUAGAGUGUACAGACGCAUAUAUAUAAGCACCGCACCUUACCCGUCCCGUCAGAUACACCACUGCAAGAAGCUACCACCGUAUCGUCGUCGUCUUCAGUUGUUUGCAAUGUCGUCGGCACUCCACUUCCGGAGGCACUUGCCGUGGUUGAUCUUCUCCUGCUUCUUGCUUCACGGCGGCGGAAGAGUACUGGCGGCGGCCGGGAAGGGGAAGGUGCCGGCGAUCAUCGUGUUCGGCGACUCGUCCGUGGACACGGGCAACAACAACUUCAUCCCGACCGUCGCGCGGAGCAACUUCUGGCCGUACGGGCGCGACUACGCCAACGGCCUCCCCACGGGCCGCUUCUCCAACGGCCGCCUCGCCACCGAAUUCAUCUCCGAGGCCUUCGGCCUGCCGCCCUCCAUCCCCGCCUACCUCGACGCCAACUGCACCAUCGACCAGCUCGCCGCCGGCGUCUCCUUCGCCUCCGCCGCCACCGGCCUCGACAACGCCACCGCCGGCGUCCUCUCGGUGAUCACGCUGGCCCAGCAGCUGGCCUACUUCAAGGAGUACACCGACCGCCUCAAGGCCGCCAAGGGCGAAGCGGCGGCCGCGGAGAUCAUCGGCGAGGCGCUCUACAUCUGGAGCAUCGGCACCAACGACUUCAUCGAGAACUACUACAACCUGCCGGAGCGGCGGCUGCAGUACACGGUGGGCGAGUACCAGGCCUACCUGCUGGGGCUUGCCGAGGCCGCCAUCCGCCGCGUGCACGCGCUCGGCGGCCGCAAGAUGGACUUCACGGGCCUCACGCCCAUGGGCUGCCUCCCCGCCGAGCGGAUCGGCAACCGCGACGACCCCGGGGAGUGCAACGAGCAGUACAACGCCGUUGCCAGGACCUUCAACGCCAAGCUGCAGGAGCUCGUCGCCAAGCUCAACAGCCAGCUCCCGGGGCUGCACCUCGUCUUCGCCGACACCUACCAGCUCCUCGCCGCCGUCGUCAACAGGCCGGCCGACUACGCUCCGCGGAGAGCGAGCCAGCUAGAGGCCGGCAUGCGCGCCACAUGCCCAUGUAUUGGCAACACGUCGCAGCCAGCGGCUGCAGAAUUCAUUCAACAGUGCCCUCAACUCAUUACUACAAGUUUCUGCCGCUGCUCUUCUCUUCGCUUUGCACACAGUUUUUCGGUUGACAUGUUCGUGAUUGCUAGUACUCUUGUAUUUGUAUAUAUGUUCAUAUUGGCAGAUUUAAAUUAAAACUUUACUAGGAUGUAUACAAAGUAUUGUAUAAAGCAAUGAUUAUUUAACUAUUUUUCUUUUCUGAACCUUCUUAUAUAUCAUUAAUUGGAAGUAGUAAUUACUCCCUCCGUUCAUUAAAAUUUAUUUGACAUUUUUAUUUCAAAUUUGACCACUCAUCUUAUUUGAAAAUUUGGGAAAAACCUCACUUUUUUGUGGUUUGCUUUAUUAAUAAAAGUUCUUUAAGAAUGAUUUAAAUUUGAUUAUAUCUAUAUAAAUUUUUAAAUAAGACAUGUGUUCAAACGGAUUAUAAUUUGGAAUGGAGAGAGUAAUAAUCAAGACUGCAGUGCAAAGAGGCUAGCUACUAAUGUAAUCAUUUUCCCUUUCCUGGUGCGU